AUGAAUACGUUUUUUGCAGUGACUUUAGUGUUUGCGGGCUGCUGUAGCAAUGUGGUGUUUCUGGAAGUUUUAGUAAGGAAUUUCCCAGGAUGUGGAAACAUUGUCACAUUUGCCCAGUUUGCUUUAAUUGCUCUAGAGGGCUUUAUUUUCGAAACUAACUUUGGGCGCAAGAAACCAGCCAUACCUAUCAGUAACUAUGUGAUAAUGGUGACCAUGUUCUUCACUGUAAGCGUAAUAAACAACUACGCCCUCAACUUCAACAUCGCAAUGCCACUGCACAUGAUCUUUAGAUCUGGCUCUUUAAUAGCCAACAUGAUACUGGGUAUCAUCAUAUUAAAGAAAAGAUAUUCAACAAGUAAGUAUCUUUCCAUUGUGUUGGUAUCAGUGGGUAUCUUUAUCUGCACCAUCAUGUCUGCUAAACAAGUGAGUACUGCAAAGGGGACUUCAGAAGAAGACGGAGCAUAUACUUUCCUGCACUGGCUUUUAGGUAUUGGCAUGCUGACGUUUGCCCUAAUAAUGUCUGCUGUAAUGGGCAUCUUUCAAGAGACUCUGUACAAGAAGCAUGGCAAGCACUCAAAGGAGGCUCUCUUCUACAAUCAUUGCCUGCCAUUGCCAGGGUUUCUGCUGCUCUCCACUGAUAUCUAUAACCAUGCUGUACUGUUUAGUCAAAGCACUCUAGUGGAAAUCCCUGUGAUUGGUUAUUUGGUGCCUGUCAUGUGGGUGUUUUUAGCACUGAAUGUCAUCACACAAUAUGUGUGCAUCCGGGGUGUGUUCAUCCUGACCACAGAGUGUGCCUCCCUCACUGUCACGUUGGUAGUGACUCUGCGCAAAUUCCUGAGCCUCAUAAUUUCAAUACUGUACUUCCAGAACCCCUUUACAAGCUGGCACUGGGUGGGCACAGCUGUGGUAUUUCUGGGCACGCUGCUCUACACUGAGGUGUGGACCAGCAUCCGCACUGCUGUGAAAGGGAAGAAAAUAGACGACAAAGUAAAGUAAAAACUGUGAAUAUGAUGAAGAUACCUCUUAGUGUGUGCUUGUGUGUGCUUGCAGUGGGAUUUUAUGACAGACAGUAUGUCUGUUACCAGGUAAACAGAUCAGGUCUUGAUGUGUGUUUAUAUUUGUGUGUGUUCUAUCUCUUGAUCACCACAUGUUUUUUGAUGCCCUAAGGAUGUGCUUGAGCUUGUCUGGAAGCUUGGCUCUGGCCACUUCUGUCUAUUUGUUUAGGUAUUGGUGCAUAUUCAGUAUUAUUAUAAGACAUAAAAGGGAAAAAGAUGGUUUAUGGUGAUGGAACUGGUGUGUUAUAAACAUAAACUUGUAUGUAAGUAGGCUACAUGCUGCAUUAGGCCUUUAGUAACUGAAUGGAAUAGAGAUUUAUGAUUUAUGAAUCGAAUCCCUCAUGAGAUUUAGAACACUUUACACUUGGAAUAGGAACUGUGUAAUAAAGAAUAGCAUUGGCUAAAGUGUAUUAAAUGUUUUAGGUCUCUCAGGAGUUAAUUUUUACAUGGUAGACUUUUAAAAUGUAUUCCUGCAUAGUCACAGUCAGUGUUUAAUUUUCACUAAUCUCUGAAACAGAAAUAUAAUUGUCUUAACAGUCCACUUUGUAUCUCUCAUUAAGCACUCCUUAUUGCCCUUACCCAUUUUGCAAGUAUACAGUAAAUAAUGUAGGCUGCAUAAAUUUGAAAUAGAUUUUUAAUAGAAUUUGAAAUAGACACAUUUAACAUUCUCAGAUCAGAUGUCUUUUAAAUUGAAGACUCAUCUCCAUUUGUAUACAAGCAUAUGUCUAAAACUUAAUCUGCAUAGACUUGUAAAAAGAGGACUGUUACACAUUAAACAUCUUUGUGAUGGAACAUUGGUACUACCCUUCUGUUUACUUGACUUUAAAAUAUGCAUUGUUAUGAUCACUGUUCAAAUAUACAGGGUUAUUUGAUAGAAACUAAUCAAGUUU